UAAAGAUUUGAACGUGAACUGUCUCGUUAUAUUCCGCCAAGGGAAGUGGUAUCCUGGCUGAGCAGCAUUACCUAACAUCCACAUGUUUUCAGGCUCUACGAUGACAACCAUGAGAAGCACACACAAAUACACAUGUUUGAUCACAGGAGGAGUGGUUAUUUCGGUUAUCGCCUGGCCUGCUCGCUCCAGUCCAAGGGGUCCACCGUCAUUCUGUUUGAUGUGAUUCCGCCCGUGACCGGACCGCUCCCAGAAGGCAUCACGUUCCUCCAGGGAGACAUUCGGGAAUACCCUCAGGUGCGGCGCGCCCUCUCCGGGGUGGACUGCGUCUUCCACUCGGCCUCCUACGGCAUGUCGGGCCGCGAGCAGCUGAACCGCCGCCGCAUCCAGGAGAUGAACGUCGGGGGCACCCAGGACGUCCUGGAGGCCUGCGUGGAGACGGGGGUCCCCCGGCUGGUCUACACCAGCACCUUCAACGUGGUGUUCGGGGGUCAGGUGAUCGAGAACGGCGACGAGAGCCUCCACUACCUGCCCCUGCACCUCCACCCCGACCAAUACUCCCGGACCAAGUCCCUGGCCGAGAUGGCGGUGUUGGGGGCCAACGGCGCCGCACUCAAGUCCGGCGGCGGCUCGCUGCGCACCUGCGCCCUCCGUGCUGCCGGUAUCUACGGGCCCGGGGAGCAGCGGCACCUGCCCCGGGUGGUGGGCUACAUCGAGAGGGGCGUGUUCCGCUUCGUCUACGGCGACCCCGCCAGCAGGGUGGAGUUCGUCCACGUCGACAACCUGGUGUCGGCCCACGUGCUGGCGGCCGGAGCCCUGAGCUCCGGGAGGGAGCCCAGCGCGGCGGGAGAGGCCUACUUCAUCUCAGACGGCCGGCCCGUCAACAACUUUGAGUUCUUCCGGCCGCUGGUGGAGGGGCUGGGCUACCCGUUCCCCACGCUGCGCCUGCCCUUGUCCCUGGUGUACUUUGUGGCCUUCCUCACGGAGAUGCUCCACCGCCUGGUCGGGCCGCUCUACAACUUCCAGCCCCUGCUGACGCGCACGGAGGUGUACAAGACGGGGGUGACCCACUACUUCAGCCUGGCCAAGGCCCGGGCCCAGCUGGGGUACGAGCCCCGGGAGUACGACCUGGCGGAGGUGGUGCAGUGGUUCAGGAGCCGGGGCCACGGCAGGAAGCCCGGAGGCUCGGCCCUGGGGAGGCUGCUGCUGAACGCGCUGCUGGUCUGUGUGAUGGUGGCGCUGGCUCUGUCGUACCUCCCGGGCGUCGGUGGCUGAGGGCGGGGGACACCCGGUCCGGACGCCUCAUGCGUGGACGGAGGCUUCAGGGUUUACGGAGACGUUGGUUUAAACUUUAGGUUACCUUAAGAGGCUGUUUACCGCCCGAAUGUUUUCUGUUUGGUUUGUUUUUAACAGCGACUGGUCCGGUCCCGACCCGAGUUUACAUGCUUUUCCUGAUUACCUCUUCCAGUGUACAUCUUAAAACGGUUUAAUUAAUUAUUCAUGAUUACUUGAGAUCCCGUGUUAAAGUACCUUACGGUUCCAUUAUUUGAUUGGCCUGUGAUGUUUAUGAAGACGUUGAUGAUGUGUGUUUCUUGUUUUGCGACGACUACACAAAACCUGCCAAAAUUGUAAUAAAUAUAUUUUCAAGGAAUAUGUAUGCCACACUCUGAGUUCUUC